CGCGCAUCUGGUUGCCAGGGAAACAGCGGUCCCGGCGGCACCAGGGCUUUGGACCUGCGGCUUCUUCCACCACCAGAGAGGCUGCGGUGGCGGGGCAGACCACUCUCCUCUCGGGGAAAGUGGCUGGCGCGGUGAGUGUCGGCGGCGCCCUUCCGCGGCACUCUGCAGCCUGACUGCCGGUGGCAAGUUCCUCGAGGAGGCACUCCGGGAAGGAUUUCAAUGGAUAUUAUAAAGGGCAACCUAGAUGGAAUUUCAAAACCAGCCUCAAGUUCAAGAACACGCCCCGGGAGCAGAAGUUCAAAUGCUUCUUUGGAGGUGCUCUCACCAGAACCAGGAUCUUUCAAGGUUGAUACUGUAAGCAGCUUGAACUGUGGUAAAGAGAACCACUCCGAAAGCAGUAGUACAGAGAACAGAAGAACUAGUGAUGACGAUAAGGUGGAAAACCAUUCUGAGAAAAUAAAAUUGGCUGAAGAGGGAUCAGACGAAGAUCUGGAUUUGGUUCAACAUCAGAUAAUCCUUGAGUGUUCAGAUGAACCCAAAUUAAAAGAAUUAGAUUCUCAACUUCAAGAUGCCAUUCAGAAAAUGAAGAGACUUGAUAAAAUAUUGGCAAAGAGACAACACAGAGAAAAAGAAAUUAAGAAGCAAGGUCUAGAAAUGAGAAUAAAGCUGUGGGAAGAACUCAAGUCUGCAAAAUAUAGUGAAGCUUGGCAAAGUAAAGAGGAGCUGGAAAAUACAAAAACAUUUUUAUCUUUGACUGCUGCGUCUGAAGAAACCGUUGGUCCUUCUCAUGAGGAUGAAGACAACUUUUUCUCAGUGUUUCAUACUCAAAUCCCUCCAGAAGAAUAUGAAAAGCAGAUGCAGAAAGUCAGUAAAGAUUUUACCUGUGAUGUGGAAAGAAAUGAAUCAUUGAUCAAAGCAGGAAAGAAACCUUUCUCAAAUACAGAAAAGAUUGAGCUCAGGGGCAAACACAACCGGGAUUUUAUUAAGAGAAACAUUGAGUUGGCCAAGGAAUCAAGAAACCCAGUGGUUAUGAUUGACAGAGAGAAGAAAAGGCUGAUUGAGCUUUUGAAGGACUUGGAUGAUAAAGAUUCUGGGCUCUCCAGUUCUGAGGGUGAUCAGUCUGGCUGGGUGGUCCCCGGAGAAGGAUAUGCGCUUGCAGUCAGCCAGCAUCAGCAACUUGCUGAAAUUGAUAUCAAACUCCAAGAACUCUCUGCAGCCUCUCCAAUGAUUUCCAGCUUUUCUCCAAGACUUGAACGUCAGAAUAAUCAGGAAGCUGACCUUGAUGGUGAAAGAAAUAUGGAAAUAACUCCAGGAGAAAAGGUACUUAGGAACACCAAAGAGCAACGGGAUGUGCAUAAUCGGCUGAGAGAGAUUGAUGAAAAGCUGAGAAAGAUGAAGGAAAAUGUGUUAGAGUCCACAUCAUGUCUCUCUGAAGAACAGUUAAGGUGUCUUCUGGAUGAAUGCAUAGUUAAACAAAAAUCCAUCGUUAAACUUUCUUCAGAAAGAGAAAAUAAAGACAUUGAAGAUGUAACACCUGUGUUUCCCCAGCUUUCCAGAUCCAUCAUCUCUACAUUACUAAAUGAAUCAGAAACAAAGAUCCAGAAAACUGAGGAAGAAGAUGCAAAUUUGCUUGCGAGUGCAGAAUGUGAAGCUUCUAAAGGCUACUAUCUCACUAAAGCCUUGACUGGACAUCACAUGUCAGAAGCUCUCAUCACUGAAGCAGAGAAUAUGAAAUGCCUUCAGUUUUCUGAGGAUAACAUUGUUAAUGACACAAAAGACUAUUUUAUGUCGAAGACUCUUGGCAUUGGGAGACUGAAAAGGCCCUCUUUCUUGGAUGACCCACUGUAUGGUAUCAGUGUGAGCCUUUCAUUAGAAGACCAACAUCUGAAACUCAGUCCUUCAGAGAAAACAGAAACAGGUGAGCAGGAGACUAAAGAUGCAGCAGAAGAAUGUAAAGAAUCCUAAGCAAGGACUUGCUGAGUGUGCUUUUAAGAAAGUUGGUAAUGAAGUUAAAUUACACUUUUUAUUGAAUUAUUUGAAUUCAAUGAAUACAUUGUGGUGGCUAUUCUUUAAUGAUUUUGACAUUUGGAGUCUCUCUUUGUGGAUUAUAUUUCCUUGAUAUUUUUGAGACUUGGGAUGUGAUUGAUCAACGGUUUUUGUUCAUUAAGAUUUCUGGGAACAUUGUUUUAAAUUUAUUGCUAAUCUUACAAUAUUAGGAUUCGUUAGAAAAACCAACAUUUUAACGCAUACGUGUUAUGGUCAAACUAGUUGAAGUGCUGUGAUUGUCUUGUAUUCAAUUUUGUAUGUUUCAACUCUACUGUGAUUCAGACAGAUCGUUGUGGUCACUGGGAAUUUUUGCUCUGGCCCCGCGUUUCCUUUUUCUCACCUGUCUCAUGUCUGUGACGUUGAUACAGCCUGCCAUAAGACAAAAUUAAUUGUCUCAGCAAAGCAAUGUUAUAAGAGCCUUUACUGUCUUAUUGGUGACGAUACAUUUCUUAAGUCAGAGUUUGACUGAAUGAUUGAUAAAUUACUUUGUUAAUAAUAGUUAACAAUAGCUUGUUAUUUUCUUUCAGAGUUUGGGCCUUUUAGAUUGCAUCAAAUAAAGAUGAGCUACUUUAAAAAAAGUCUGUGGUACCAUUUUAAGAGAGAUGGUUUGUCUAGUUACAAGUCAGUAACUAGAUUCAUGACAACAUUUUAUGUUGACCUUCUGUAAGAUGAGUUGGCAUUAGAAUUGGAAGUCCAAUUUAUUUCUGAAUCAAAAAAUGAGCAGGCUAUUUAUUGUGGUGCCUUUAAUACAAUUUGGAGUAAUGUACACA